ACGCUGGUAACCGGAAGUAAGAUGAGAUAAAAUGGCCGACACUAUGUGACACUAUAAUAAUAAUAAUAAUACAUCCAGAGUUUACAUUCUAAUUUUAUCUUUGUUCAUUUCAAUUGUAAUAAAUGCAUCAUUUAGAUCUAGAUCUAGACCCUAGAUCUAAGAUCUAAUUAUCACAACUCAUUCACACCACACAUUUUUGUUUUGUUUUCAUUGCCAUUUGAUUUGUUUUUGUUUAAAUCAAUCAAUUAACAAUUACUAAGAUGAAUUAUCGCGGUGGAGGUCGAUCGAGAUAUUCCGAAGAUCAUGCCCAUGAUGAUAGAUCUCGAUACGGUUCAUCACAGAGGCAGAAUGAUGGAAGGUCUAAUCAAAGGAAUUUACCUUAUAAUAAUUAUCCCCCUGAAGCUAAUUCUUAUAAUUCUGGAUACACACCGAAUGAAUUCUACAGUAGCAGAUUUUCAACAACAGGAGUUCCACCAAGCCUUCAAAACCCUGGAGUUCCAUCAUUUACACACAUUUCAUCUGCUGUUCAGCAAGACCACAUAUCAGAUAGAUCUAGUAGCUAUGUUGGAGACACCUAUUCUAAUAGACAAUUUUCUCAACCAUCGGGUCCUGCUCACUACCAGAAUUUUGAGAGUCGUCAUGAUCGUUCAGCCGCAGACCCACAAAAAGGAAGAUAUGAUGGCCCUUUUGGUGAAAGAAUAGGGGAAAGAAGCUAUAAAGAAUCUGUCAUGACAAGAGAAUAUUCACAGUCCAGAGAGCAUGAUGAAAAGAUAGACAAGCCCCCCCAUGAUAAAUCUGGAGAAGACAGAAACAACCCUGACAAGUAUUCUGAUAUUUAUGAACUUCUAAAAGAUGAAAAGCUGAAAAAUGUUUUAUUUGCUGGGAUUUCAAAGGCUACUGCAAAACUUGAACAGUCUCUACAAAUGAAAAGUAAUGAAAACAUUACUUUUCUGGAAAGUUCUCAAAGCUCAGCCUCCCAGCUGUUUCCUUCUGCCUCUGGUGGUAACAAGCCUAGAUCAAUUCUGAAACGCAAAGAAGAUGAUGCAGGUAGCACAGAUAUUUUUUCAAAAACAAGUGUUCUUGAAAAAACAUUGCAGUUGCUACAGAACAAAUCUGCUCCUGUCGAUCCAGUACCUGUUGCCAAUACAAGCUCAAACUCCAGUAAAAAUGCUCUUAGCCAGUUAUCUUCUUAUGCUGACCCUGAUGAAGACAAUUAUCUUUACAGUAAGGAUGAUUCUAUUAAGGAAACUCAGUCUAAAGAAUCCAAUAGUAGGCAACCUUUUUGGUCAGUGAAUGCUAUUUCCUCUGCUUCCGAGCCUUUGAAAGAGGGAGAUACAUUUGAUAUUAAAGAUAAACUUUAUGAGCAGUGGAGGCAAUCCAUUCAUAGAGGAGAUGAGAGUCAGAAAACAUUGAAGAAAGACAAACUGGCCAAUGUGGAUCCAUUUUUCAAAAAGAAAAUAUCAGACAAACUUGAGUCUACUUUCUCACAAGCACCAGCUGAACCAUCAAAAAAAGAAAGUGAAGAUCUAGAUACAACUGUGCAAAAUAUUUUGCAGUCUAUUGGGUUCAAUUUUGACCUAUCAAAGCGCAUGCAGGAACUUGCACGGCAGAAAAAACAACAAGAUGAGGUUCAGGUAGGGAUUGUUGAUCAGUCAGCUUCCUUUUUAGGUACACAUAUGUUUGAUGCUGAGUUAAAAGACACCUUGGUUAGGCCCAAUAAAAGGGAAGCAAGCCUGGAAGCCCUUAUUAAAGAGGCUAGGGCGAGUAGUCAAAGAGGUAGAGAUUAUGAAGCAAAUAAAUAUCCUGAGAACAGGUAUAGAUCCACUUCUCCUGAGAAAGACUCACUUCAUGACGAUAGAUAUGAGAAAUAUAAAAAAUGGGACCACAGAAGUCCUGGAAUAACAGACGAUAGGGGUGGCUCAGGCUUUAAAGAAGAUGAAAGAAAUGUUAUAGCUUCUCAAAGAAGAGAAUUAAGACCUGCCUCGUAUUCUAUUGAUAGGGAUCUGAAAUCCCCACCAAGAUCAAGCUCUUAUUCUAGGGACCAGGAUUUGAAAUCUCCACCUAGAACAAACUCUUAUACCAGAGACAGAGAUUUGAAAUCUUCACCAAGAUCUAGCUCAUAUACCAGAGACAGAGAUUUGAAUUCUUCACCAAUAUCAAGCUCAUAUACCAGAGAUAGGGAUUUGAAAUCUUCACCAAGAUCAAGCUCAUAUACCAGAGAUAGGGAUUUGAAAUCUCCACCAAGGUCAAAUUCGUAUACCAGAGAUAGGGAUUUGAUAUCCCCUCCGAGGGGUAGAUAUGUUGUUGGUCAUUCUGGUGAGGAGAAAUAUUUAGAGAGGUUCAAAGAUGAUCCAAAGGAUGAAUAUUAUUAUCCAGAUGAAGGUGACUUUAACAAAUCACCUGUUGUGCCAUUGUUAACAACGUUCAGCAGUCGAAAGAAUGAAGACCUCAGCAGUGGUUUACUGACAAAAUUAACAACUAGAAGUGCUCAUGUUGAAAAUCUGCGUGUUUUAUCCCGCACUAAUGAAGAUGCAGAUGAGCCAUUUAUGGGAAGCAGGAGAAUAAUACUGCCUGCCAAGCAAGAGAAGAGGCCAUACUCUAGAUCUCCUAGUUUAAAAAAUGAAUCACCAGAGGCUAAACGUAGAAGGUCUUUGUCACCAAUUUCCAAAGACAGAAAGGCUUAUGAUUAUAAAGACCAAUCAAAAAAUGAUAGUAGGUUAAGGGAUCAGAAGAGCUCAUUAACUCCACAAAGCCCACUUCAUUAUCCAAAUAUUUCAAGGCCAAAAAGUAGAUCUCCAGAAUUCAGAGCAUCUCCGCUUAGAUCCCAUUCUCCAGAGCGCAAGUCAGGCCCUUACUAUAGGUCUCCUGGUCGAGAGAAGUCUCCGAAAUUUGUUAGCAAUCGUUCCUAUCCAACAAAUAAAAUAGAGGACAAAUAUUCAGAUAGAUCAAAGUCACCUUUGAAUUAUUCAAAUGAGAAUGACAAGUCAAGAAAUGGUAAUUACAGUAAAAAAAUGGAAACACAGAAAUCUUAUUCUCCAGAUUACCGUAGAUCAUCUGGACGGCGCAGGUCGAGAUCACCUUAUAAACAUACAAACAGGUCUCCUAUUAGGCACAGAUCAAGAUCUACUGAAAGGCGUCGACGUGUGUCCCCUGAAAGAUAUCAGUCACCUUUAAAAAGUUAUAGAAGAUCUCCGUACCGAAAAAAGUCGCCAUUAAGAAAGAGGACCUCAGAUGAGAGAAAACCACUUGAAAAAGAUGAGAAACCCAGCGGGAAUAGAAUUGAAAACACUUCUAAAAAAUUACCGGUCUCUUCCAAAACACAAAAAUCAUUCGAACAGAAUGUGAAAGAGGAAAAAGUGGAUGUAUCUAAACUGGGUCCAGAAGAAAGAAAAGCCUACCUUCAGAAGAUGCUGAUAGAGAAAGGUCAAAAUGUCGAUCUUGUGAAACAAACUAUGCUCGCAGCUCUUGAAAAGUUUCCAUAUUUUACACAAGAUGGCAGGAAAGAAAUGUUAACACAGUUGAGUCAAUCAACCCCAGAAGAAAGGCAAAAGCUUUUAAACGAUUUAUCUCUAAGGCAGCUGAGAAUAAGUUCCUUAAAAGUUGACUUAACACAAUUAAGGAGGGAACAAAAUGAACUUUUAAGAAAAAGCCGUCGAACUGGCUCGGCGGGUAAAGAACCAGAACUUUUAAAAAAUGAAGAAAGCCAGGCUGUAAUUGAAAAAGAAAUUCAGCGACUCAGCAUACCAAACUUAAAUAUUCCUCUGACUAUUCCAGUCAUUAUACCGCCAUCUCCGCCUCCGUUAAAUCUAAAGAAAAAUCUUGAUAAGGCCAAAGCCACAAUUAAAGCAAAACAAGCUAAAGCAAAAGCUGAAUCAACAAAAAAUACCAGCGUGGCCAAUGCUGCCACAUCAGCGCAGAAAAAGUCUCAGACCCCAGUGACAAAAUCUACACCCCAGAAAACUGUUUCAACAGAUGCAGUUAACCAGAAGCAGGAAACUGUCAACACAAAAGAAGUUGAGCAAAAGCCUCCUGAUUCUUCAAGUCAACAGAAAACAUAUUUUGAAUAUUGUGACAGCGGAAAUUAUUGGUGCAUUCAUUGUAAUGCAUCAGCCAAUAAUUUGGAUCAGCUUUUUCAACACUUUCAUGGGAAAAAGCAUAAAGCUGUGGUUGAAAAAGCUAAAAAGCCAUGGAAGGCAGCCAAGAAACCUGACCAAACAAUACGUAGAGUUGGUGUGGCCAGGAGUAGACGAGUCAAAGGGGCAGAGCUAAUGUUCCCUAUUAGUGGUUUCUACUGUACCAUUUGUGAAACAUUUUGUGGAGAUUUUACUGACUCUAAUGAUCAUCUCAAAACUGAUAACCACUACAAUAAAUAUCAGGAAUAUAUCGCUAAAAAUCCUAUGUACGAAAAGUCACUGCUUUUAUCCAAGGCUGCUCACGGAGGUAAAACGUCUGGUCAAGGCGCCAGGGCCAAAAAGAAGAACUUGCGGGUGACUGGUAUUAAAGACUCAGAGUCUGAGGAGGAAACACCCUCAAUGGAUAACACUGAAAUAGUGGACAUGGAACUAGAUGAAGAUUGCUUAGAUCAAAGUCAGCCAAAAGUUCCUAAAUUUACAAGUAAACAGUUACCAACCUGGACAUCAUUGCCAAAAUCUCAAACUGUGGCCAUGAAGGAAACAAAGGAAGAUAAAAAUCGGUCUCUGGACAAGUUUUUGAGUAUUGAACCACCAAGCAGCCUGGCCAAGAAAAGUCAGUUGCCUGUAAUUACAAAAGAUGCAAUGGAUCUGUCCUCUAUUCCCAUACCUGAAGGGCCAUGCCUCCCUUCAUUGUCAGAAACAUCUAAAGACAAAGCUAAGAGUGAAAAAGCUGACAAACACAAAAAAGAGAUUAUUGAGAAAGAUGAUUCUUUAGCUGCCUCUUUUGCUGAGCUCAGUGGUAUUCCUCUGCCCAAAGAGAUUCCAUUACCAGAGGAGCCUGCAGAGCCAGAGGGUAAAAAAGCUCCAAGCUUAGAUACAUUGCUUGCUAGGCUUAGCAAAAACAAAUCCACUAAAAAUAAACCCAAACAGAGUUCUGCUGCAGCAGCUACAACUUCAGAAUUAGAGCAAAGAAUUCAACUAGAAAUCAAGGCCAAAUUGGCCAAAGAAAAGCAGAAGCUACUCAUGCAAAAGCACAGAGAGGAAGAAAAAGAAAGAAAAUCAGAAGAACAGACUAUAAGGAAACGAUUUCUUAGUGAUAGUGAUUCAUCAGCAGAAGAUUCAGACACUGAAAUGAUGGAAAAUACUGAAAUGAAGGAAAAUACUGAAAUGAAGGAGAAUACAUCUGCCAAUGUUAGUUUCCAGAAAAACAUUUGGGCUGAAGAUAUAUUAGUGGAUAACUUUUGUCAACCUAAUAUUGGUGGACAUAAAAUGGGUUCAGUUGGUAAUGCUCACAAUAAUCGGAGACAGUUUUCAUCUCAACCACAGAUAAGUGAAAGGACCCAAGAACAGACUAAGAUACCUGGAUCCAAACAGGAUGAAAAUAAGGAUUUUAAAGGCAAACAAAAUGAAAAAACUGGGAUUGUUAGCAAUCAAGAAAAAGCUCAUUUGACUGAUGAAGUAGGUGAAAAGAAAGAAAUUAGUGGUAAUGGAGAUGAAAAUCAAGUAAAUGAAAUUACUGGUAGUGGUCAAGAAAAAGAUAACUCAACUGAAGCUACUGCUGAUGGUCAAGAAAAAGAUAGCUCAAUUGAAACUACUGCUGAUGGUCAAGAAAAAGAUAACUCAACUGAAGUUACGAGUGAUGGUCAAGAAAAAGAUGAAGUUGUUAAUGUUCAAGAAAAAGGUCAUCUAAUAGAAACUACUUGUGACAGUGUUGUAAAAGAUCAGUUUACUGAAAUUACUUAUGGUCAAGAUGAAGAUGGCCAAGGUAAAGAUCAUCUACCUGAAGUUACUUGCAGUGGUCAAGAUGAUGAGUUAACUGAAAUUACUUAUGGUCAAGAUAAAGAAGAAGAUCAGUUAACUGAAAUUACAGAUGGUCAAGAUAAAGAAGAAAAUCAGUUAACUGAAAUUACUGAUGGUCAAGAUAAAGAAGAAGAUCAGUUAACUGAAAUUACUUAUGGUCAAGAUAAAGAAGAAGAUCAGUUAACUGAAAUUACUGAUGGUCAAGAUAAAGAAGAAGAUCAGUUAACUGAAAGUAUUGAUGGUCAAGAUAAAGAAGAAGAUCAGUUAACUGAAAUAACUGAUGGUCAAGAUAAAGAAGAAGAUCAGUUAACUGAAAUUACUGAUGGUCAAGAUAAAGAAGAAGAUCAGUUAACUGAAAGUAUUGAUGGUCAAGAUAAAGGAGAAGAUCAGUUAACUGAAAUUACUGAUGGUCAAGAUAAAGAAGAAGAUCAGUUAACUGAAAUUACUGAUGGUCAAGAUAAAGAAGAACAUCAGUUAACUGAAAGUAUUGAUGGUCAAGAUAAAGAAGAAGAUCAGUUAACUGAAAUUACUGAUGGUCAAGAUAAAGAAGAAGAUCAGUUAACUGAAAUUACUGAUGGUCAAGAUAAAGAAGAAGAUCAGUUAACUGAAAUUACUGAUGGUCAAGAUAAAGAAGAAGAUCAGUUAACUGAAAGUAUUGAUGGUCAAGAUAAAGAAGAAGAUCAGUUAACUGAAAUUACUGAUGGUCAAGAUAAAGAAGAAGAUCAGUUAACUGAAAUUAUUGAUGGUCAAGAUAAAGAAGAUCAGUUAACUUCUGAUGGUCAAGAUAAAGACCAAUUUAUUGAAAUUUCUGAUGAUGAUGAAGAAAAAAAUAAACUAACAGGAUUAGUUUGUGAUGGUCUGAAAAAUCAAGAUGUGAUCACUGAAGUUAUGGAUGAUGGUCAAGAAAAACAUCAUUUGACCAAACUAUUUGAUAUAAGUGAAGAUCAACCUACUGGAUCCUGUGUUGAAGAUCUUCACAAACAAGAACCUUUGACUGAAGUUGUUGAUAGUCAAGAAACAGAUUCACACAUUGGAAUAGUUGGUAGUACCGGUAUUCAAGAAAAACCUUUUCAGUUUAUGGAGACAAAUGAGGAUGACAAAGUAAAACCCGAUCAGUUGGCUGAAGUUAAGAGUAAUGCUAAAGAAACAGAACACUUAUCUGCAUCUAUAAGUGAUGGCCAAGAGGAAGUUAUGUCAUUUGAAGGCACCAAUGUUGGUGAAGAGAAGCAAGAUCACUCAUCUGAAAUUAGUGGUGCUGAUCAGUGCAGAAAAGAUCAGUUGAUGAAUGUUACUAAUCGUUCACAAGACACACAUGUUCUAAUGACAGAUACUGAUGAUCAUGACAAAUUAGUUCAGAUCAGUGAAUCUUUUGAUUUAAAUCAAACUAGAGAAGGCUGUAUUGCUGUAUAUGCGGAUGAGGAUGUAGACAAAAAAGAUGAAUUGUUGGAAGUCAGCUCUGAUCUUCUUGUUAGAGAGGAUGUGCAGCCUGAGAUGUUCAUUUCCACUGAACAGCCUAGUACACACUACACCAUGGACUUUAACCUCUCAGUUCAGAGUUCCACUUCUUCAUCUCCUCCUGAGUUGGAGUUGAAAAGCUCAGCUGACUACGAGGUGAUGCCCAACCAAGAGUUCCUGCCUCCAGCUGUUGAAAUGAAUCUGCUGGAGUCUGUUGAUCAAGAAGACAACAUCAGUCAUCAGUUGAUAUUGGACCAAAGCCUCAUAGUUUUGCCCAAUAUCUCUGAUGACAGUGACCUGAUCCUGCAACAGCUGAGAAAUGAUGACAGUGACCUGAUCCUGCAACAGCAGAGAAAUGAUGACAGUGACCUGAUCCUGCAACAGCUGAGAAAUGAUGACAGUGACCUGAUCCUGCAACAGCAGAGAAAUGAGGAUGAAAAGAUGGAGCUUGGUGUGGAUGCUGCUUUAUUGUUUGUCAAGGACAUAAGCACAGGACAUAUUGCUGGCAUGGAUAUUGUGUCCUGGGAUGUAACUCCUGCUGAUGGCCAGGUGCACAGUGGGCAGGGUAAAGACCCUCCAAUGUCUGGUGUGGUGAGUGAGGUGGAACCUGCUGAACCUGACAUUGUCACUGUUGACCAGGAUGAAGAGCAGGACUUGGACACAGUCAAUUCUCCUACAGAAGGUCUUAAUCUUGAUCUUGAUGAUGAUACCAUGGAUUAUGACUUAGUUGAUAUUCUGACUGAUAAAGACAACGGAACAGAUUUGGGAUGAAAAUGUUUGGAACUAAAGUAUACAAAUGUAAGAUACAGUAUUUGUUGUCACUUGUCCAUAUAUAUUUAUCUAUUUAUGUAAAUAAAAGAUUCUAUGUCCUAGAAAGAAAGCUUUUAUUAAUUGUAUUCUUAACAUUUGUAACCAAAUUCUUGACCUUAAAAACAUUCUUUCUUUAUUGAACUGAUUUUAUUUUGAAUGUUGAGUAAUGUGAUUAAACUGUUUUAUAAAGAAUGAAACGUUUGUUGGUGUUUUUAAUAUUCAUUCAUUCAUGCAUUUGAUUCUAUGUAUUUAUAUCAAAACAUGUACAGUAAGAAAGCACGGCUAGAAUUUCAUUCUUCAAUGUUCAAUUUUGAAAAGUAGUCCCUACUUUGAUUUUGUUUUUCAGCUUUGAUGCACUUAUUUGCAAUGUUGUGCUCAAAAAGUAGUUGUCAAUAAAGUAAUAUUCAGAA